AUGAUUUUCCUGCAGGCAACAAAUCGAUGCACUGAAUUUCAGUUUUUAGUGCUUCAUGCAGAUGGAGCAACUUCAUGUGUGGAUUGUGAAAGCUGUCCACCUGGUCAAGGGCUUUCACAUGAAUGUGGAACAAAAAUUUCAUCAACUGAAAUGGUUCACUGCAUACCAUGCAUUCAAGGCAGUUCAUUCUCCACCAAUUAUGAUACUUGGAGCUGUAUUCCUUGCAGUGCAUCGUGUUCAGAAGAUCAGUUGAUUAAUCAAACUUGCACAACAACAUCAGAUGUCAAAUGUGCACAACAGUGUAACAGCAAGGACAGGUAUUGUUCCUGCAAAUUUAAAAAACGGAGGCUGAACUUUAAUCAAAAUUAACACUUCCUUAAUAGCAUUUCUAGUUAUUUAUUACUCCUAUGAAGACUGUCAAUCUCACAUACAAUCAGUUGUUUUUGUCUUGGCUUACCAAUCCUUUUCCAGUUUGAGUUAUCUGGCAUACCUACAGUGUUCUCAACUGUUCUACUUAGGUCUGUUGUAACACAGUUCAAUGAAUACAAUGUAUGUAACUUCUUUGUUCUUGUGGACGUUGCUUAUAAUUCAAUAUAAUUACCAUUGGUAUGUUAACAAGUAGAAUUGUACUUUUUUGUCGCAAAUGACAGCUUGCUUAAUCAGGGUUAGCUUUAGUUUAUCUUGUGCUCAAAAUGAAACUGACAUGUGCAUAAGGACCUGUCUAUAUAUAAUAUAGCUAGUGGUAAGAGGUUGAAAAUGUUCACUUUUAAAUUUUAUUCACUUUUAUAGUUGCAACAGUUUUCUAGCUUUAUGUUGUUUUAACUUUACAGGUACUAUGAUGAGGAAAUUGGUGACUGCAAAAAAUGUUCAAAGUGCUGUGGGGAUGAUGAAGAUGUUAUCGAAGAGGAAUGUAAAAGUAAAAUGGGGGCUGCUUCAAACAUGAUCUGCUCUUUUCAAAGCAGUGUAAAUCGGUGUGACAGAGAUACUGAUACUCUAACACCAUCACCACAAGAAACCAGAGCAUCUCAAACUGAGGCAAAUGCAAGUGCAUCCCCAGCGGAUACCACAGGAUCCAAAAACAUAUCAACAGCAGCAUCUCUGGACAAAACAACAGCAUCUCAAAAAGAUAUAGCAACAGAGUCUCCAAAAGUGACCAUGACUGUCGUUCAGAGCACCUCUUUUCCUGCCAAUUUUCUACAAAACGUUACUGGCACCAUAACAACAUCUGGAUCUCAAAUAAGGAGUUUGCAGAAUUCAUCUAAAGAAAAGCCUUCCUACCACAAAGUUGGAUUAAUUGUUGGUAUAACCAUGGCAGUAUUCUUGGCUGUUUUAAUUAGCUAUUGCUUGUGGUCAAAGUCAUGCUCUUGCUCUCUGGAGCUCAAAAGUACUGAUCUGGAAAAAGGUGUGUAAUUCAGUUGAUAAUACUGUAGCUUGUACAGUGGCGGGCAAAGGUAAUGUUUUUAGCUAAUUGUGUGUGUAUUGAGUUUUGAUAUUUACUAUGAUAACCCAGAACUGCAAUAGGUAUUAAGCCUUGAGAUAUUGAAGAGAGCUCCGAAAAUUCGGUCACGAAGUAGUAGCCCUUUUGAUUCUUUUUUAAAAUCUUUCCUUAAAAUUUAUCUGCAUGAUGUCCAAUUUUAAAAAUUUUUCUAAACCUAUACGUGAUCAUUUUUUGAGUUUGUUGUUUAUGGAGAUAUAAAUACCCCAUGCAUUUCAGCAUUGUGUAAUGGUAAAAUUUGUUGCCAGUGAAUCCAUGAAUUAAUAUUGUUUUUCCAGGAGACCAUACAAGAGAAAACAUGCCUUGGAUAGCUAAGUUUACACAAUCAAAAUCAGAAUCAAGUGAGCCACUAUGUGAGAAGGUACAUUGUAACCAAACAAGUCUUCUUCUACUAUUAACAUUACAUAGGUACUCAAGAAAAUGAAAAACAAAAAAAGUAGUAUCUAACAAGCAAGCAACUAAAUUAAUAAAGCAAAAAAAGAUCAUUGUGAAAUCAAGUUAUCUAUUAAUUAUUUACCAAACUUGUAGCUCUUCAUUCACUUGUGGUCGAGAAAAAAAUGUCUGUCACCCUGUAAUUAACCUUCAAGUCAUUAAUCCUGAACAAUUUGAUAUGAGUGCAAGGAGUCUCCAUAUCGAUCCUUGAAUUUGAUUUUAAAUUUUAUGCGCUUUAUCUGUAAUUUCAAUUUUACAGAAUCCAGAAGAUCUAGUAUGUGCUAGUCAGACGUCCACUCAGAAAGGUACAGCUACUUUGUUAAUAAAUCUGCAUGAGGGCUAUCACAACAAAGUUUGAUGCAAAAAGCUGGAGAAUUUAGUUAUUAUCUGGAAUACUUAAUUUGCCAGGUGACAUUUGCUUACCCUCAAACCUCAAACCUGUUAUGUUUUUGGGCAACGGUUAUUACAUUACAUUACAUAAUCAGACUAAUGGUGGGGAUGUGGAACAUAAAAAGACUAUUACCCUUCCUUUAAGGCCUGAAACUCACUAGUCAAGAAAGAGAAUGGAUUUUGUAUGAGUCAAAUGAGUCAGUGAGUCAUGAGUCAAUGAGUCAGAUCUGAAAAAAUAACAUUUUUGGUAGAAACAAUAAAAUCAAGCAUUACUUUUGUUAAUAUGUCUACUUGCUUUAUUGCUGCCUGCACGUGCAAGGCUUAUUUCUGACAUGAAAUCUCAACCUGGGCUGUUUGUUAGCAGUAUUCCAGGAUCUUCCGCUCCUACUACGUGCAUGGCCUGAAGAAUAGCCUUCCCAGACACCCUUUAAGAACCAUUUAAACCAUCAGAUCAGACAAUCCAUAUUACUAGAUGUUUGUUCAUAUUGGUUGAUGCACGAGUUUUAAACAGGCGAACUAAUGUAAAUAAACACAAACAUAAUGCAAACAAUGAAUGCUCAAAGAUUUUAAUCAAUCAACGAGCCUUGAAAGUUAUUUAAAAUAAUUUACAAUGGGUAUACAGUAAUACCUUAAUAAUAAUUAUUCGUACACUGUGUGUUUCCAAUUUAAACAUUGACUGUGUACAACUGUUCGACUCACCAUGACUCACUGUUUCAUACCCCUCCUCGGGCAAAUUACAAUUCAGCUUGUUCGCCUCGUAGCAUCAUUCACCUUCUGAGGCAAGUAAAAUUGAUUGGAAAAAGUGGUGAACUACGUUGGGAAUUAAGGUUAUCUACCCAAAACAACUCCGCAACUGAUUGUUGGAACAAACGCUUUAAAACAUAAAUUGUCUGCAUGUCCUGGAUCGUCUUCAGUGUGUUCAGCGAUUUCUUGUUAACCCCUAAUGAAGGUAAAUUUUAUUGUUUCUACGAAAACUGUUAUUUUUUUCAUAUCUGACUCAUUGACUCAUUCCUACUUUAGACUCGUCAAGAAACUGAACUAAUUUUUAACUUCCUCUUAUAGUGAUAUGAUUCUAAAACAGGUGUGGGGUCAUCACAACAUGUUGGCAUUUGGUAAAUUCACUAUUUGUAAUUAUUGUUUUUAGAGUCCAAGCUGCUGAGCAGUCUGCUUAGCGAUGAAUCCUCCCUUCAAAAACUCUGCGAAAUGCUAGACACGUUUGGUGACUAUAGAGUUGUGGCUCAGCAUUAUAAGUUUAGCCAUUAUAAGAUAAGUGCAGUACUUGGUCAAGCAAGUUAUCCAGGAGGAUCAGCACGAACCAGAGCACUGAUUGAGUCACUUGCAUGUUCUCAUCCAGACCUAACAGUUGAGGAGUUUGCAACUGUAGUGGAGGAGAAAGCGGGGAGAAAAGACGUCAGUAAUAUGUUGAGGGCCUAUGACAUGGCAGAAGAGGUCACUGAAGAACUGUAAAAGUUUUUGCCAUAAGAAGUGCUGUAAGGGUGCAGAGGUCUCCUAUUGAGCUUAAAAAACAGCGAGCCUGGGUUACCUGUGCUUGAGGCUGUAGGCUUUUCAUUCUUUUUUGAUUCUGUAGAUUUUGUUAGUAAACAUGUGGGUAUCUACGUUUUACAAUUACGUCAGUUUUUAACAUUGUUCGACUCUAUAGGUUCAUUAAGAACAUCUUGUCGAUUGUAGAUAGAAUACUUAAAAAGGGCUUCUAUUUUGAUAUCUUAAUUCUAUUCUGAUAUCUUAAUUUUCGUUAGUUGUACAUGUGUUUCCUAACGUCGUAGAUAUAUAAAUUACAAAAUAUUACUGAUGCUGUAGUGACGGGCAUCGUUUUUUAGCCAUGUAAUGGCAUAUAUCGAAGACAAAACUUUAAGAAUAGUUAUUGGAGUAGUACUUCUUUAUGUUUUCACUACAUAUGUUUGUUGUAAAUCAACAAUUAGCUUUAUGUAAUUAGUAAGUUACUAAGAUUCCUUAAACAAAAACAUCAUUCUUUUCAGAAUGAAGAGAAUCUUGAGAAAAUCGAACUCAAAGUAACAUAUUGUAUCAGUAUGACGACCUUAUUUUCAUUUAAUUUCACAUACUUUUUUGUUUUAGACAAAGGCUUAAUAAUUACUUUUUUUCCUCUAGUUAAUGUUCCGAUAAUAAACUUUGAUCUAGUGAUGGAAUUAUAUUCAGGUAAAUAUCCACAAAAUACUUGCUUGUAUCAAAUGCACGUUAGGGAUGUUUUAAUUAGACAAAUUUUACCAAAUUUUGAGUGUCGUUUUAGAAAACUGUCAUCUUAGGGCUAUAUGAUGUUCCUGUGUAGGACAGUUUGUAAAUUUCCAUUUUUUUGUUUGUAUGAGGAGUUGAGACACCAGGUCAAUCCGGGGGGGACUCCCAUACAAAAGUGAAGGGGAUGCUCUUCGUCUCGCUUUGGGGUGUAAAUUACAGAUUUUGGUCGCACUUAGGGUGUUUGGGAUGGAAAGUUACUAUAUUUGCCCAUUCAGGUAUCACUUGGUACUAUGCAUACAGAAAUGUACAAAAAAUGUCCUGACAUUGACCACACAGAAAUCUCCCUUAGGGGUCAGUUUAAGCUUGAACCACCAACAUUGCUCUACCUGAGAGGUUAAUUUGAAUUUUCCGACGUU